UUACUAUGGUAACGUAUAUUGCUUUGGGUAAAUAGUAAACUGCACAUGCGCAUUAGUUUGAGUUGUUUGUAACAAUUACACUCAAAGAUUCCUCAAACUGUAUGACAGCUGGUCAAAAAGUGUGUCAAAAUUCCACCCUGGUGUCUGGGGUUCCUUCACAAAGGGAUCUGUGGCAACCUCUUGAAAAACAAGAGCCUCUUUGAAUGAUUUACUGAUUCAUUGAUAUUCACAACCAGCGGUGGCGCCCUUUCUCCGCAGCAUCUCCUAGGAUCUGUGGCUGCCAUUUCCAAAACCGCGUCGGGUGUGCGUAAACAAAACGGGAUUUGCGCAGCCAACCAUCAGCCACGGAAGGGGAAUAGCCAAAUCGUACGUAUUUUUAUGUGAGAGAAAUGGCCGAGGGGAUGGGCCAGAUUCUCGGGAGACACUGUCUAUCCGUGCUGGGGUUCGGGAGUUGUCCGGCUGGUGGUACACACAAGCUGUUGACUGCAACGCGAGACUCAAAGGGUUCGGCUUUUCGGUCCAAACCCGUAGGGACUGUUAUCUUCUGUGAGUAGAAACAAUCAUGCCUAGGUCCGACGAGGAGACAUGAAAAGACCCACACUCAGUGAACUGGCACAGCCGACGACGUGUUGCAGUUUACCAGAGUAGCCAAGCCGUCAGUCUCCAGUGGUUUGAAAACGACCGUGUAAUUACUGAGGCUCUUUGAUGGCAUUUGUCAGGUUCGCCUGACACCAGAGGAAGCUCCAACUCUUUGACGUCUCGGGGUUCAUUCAUCAUCCAACAGUUAUAAUGGCGUGUUUUACGUUACGGUUAUUAUAGUCCUUUCGACAUUUAUGAAUUCAUCCCCCUAAACCUGAGCUGGUGUUGGGGAGAGCGAGGCUGAGGCGGGUCGGCCGUCGGAAGGAUAUGGGAGAGCGAGUGGAACCGAUGCAGCUGGUCUUGGCAAGGCAUCGUCAAAACACAGGUAUGAUUAAUGAGCACUGUGGUUAUCGACUCAAAGUCCUCUCCUCAAGCUGUGUGUCUGUGUGAGAAGCGCAGCUCCACCCUUGUAUAAACAUUGACUGACCCAAAGAAAAAUACAGUGGAAAAGCAAAUCAGAACCAACCAUAUACUGGCAGUGAUGCCUGGCAUGGUGAUGUUUCGACGGCGCUGGUCAGUUGGCAGUGAUGACCUAGUGCUGCCAGCCCUCUUCCUUUUUUUAUUGCACUGCGUCUGGUUGGUGGUUCUGUCCGUGGUUCUGUUUGGUCUUCCCUAUGGCUCAGACCAGUCCUGUUCUGUGACGCUGGUAGACCAUGGUCGAGGAUACCUGGGCAUCCUGGUCAGUUGCCUUAUCUGUGAGAGUGCCAUCAUGUGGUUGAGCAUGAGAGGCAGCAUUUUGUACACUCAGCCCAGGGAAGCUGUGCAGUAUGUCCUCUACAUCCGACUAGCUAUUCUAUUGGUCGAACUUGUAUAUGCUGUGGUGGGAAUUGCCUGGCUUGUCCAGUAUUACCAGCCAUGUUCUGAUGUCACUGCCAAAAACCUGGCUUUGGGAAUUGUUGCAUGCAACUGGCUUGUGAUCUUCAGCGUUUGCAUUACCCUCCUGUGCACCUUUGAUCCUACGGGUCGGACUUUUGUGAAACUGAAAGCCACCCGUCGGCGGCAGCGCAACCUCACAACAUACACACUCAGACACAGGUUAGAGGAAGGCCAAGCUAGCAGCUGGAGCAGGAGACUAAAGUUCUUCAUGUGCUGCACAAGAGCCCAGGAUACACAAUCAGAUGCAUAUUCAGAAGUGGCCAGCCUUUUUGCAGAGUUCUUCAGAGAUCUGGACAUUGUGCCUAGUGAUAUUAUUGCUGGCUUGGUACUUCUCCGCCAGAGACAGAGGUCUAAGAGGUCUGCUAUACUGGACCAGGCCAACAAUGACAUUUUAGCCUUCUUAUCUGGAAUGCCUGUUACUCGUAAUACUAGAUACCUGGACCUUAAGAAUACGGCCGAGAUGAACAUGUACAAGGAUGUGUGCUAUUACAUGCUAUUUGCCCUGGCUGCAUAUGGUUGGCCCAUGUAUCUGAUGAGGAAGCCUGCCUGUGGGGUGUGUCGCCUCGCCAGCUCCUGCCCAUGCACGUCAGUGUCUGGAUCUCGGUUGUCUCAGUCUGUGACAGUGGAAGAGGACAAUUGCUGUGGCUGUAAUAUCCUGGCUAUACGCAGACACUUCCUGGACAGGGACCUCAAGCAGGUUCACAUUGUCUACACUUCCUGCCACGAUGCUGUUUAUGAAACUCCAUUUUUUGUGGCAGUGGAUCACGCGAAAAAGAAAGUUGUCAUCAGUAUCAGAGGAACCCUGUCGCCAAAGGAUGCCUUGACUGACCUGACGGGGGAUCCUGAACGUUUGCCUGUAGAGGAGCAGCAUGGGACCUGGCUUGGCCACAAGGGGAUGGUUUUUUCAGCAGAAUACAUUAAGAAGAAACUGGAGCAGGAAAUGAUCUUGUCACAAGCCUUUGGAAGAGACUUGAACAAGGGCACCAUGCACUAUGGCCUGGUGAUCGUUGGCCAUUCUCUAGGAGCAGGCACUGCUGCUAUCCUCUCGUUCUUGCUGAGACCUCAGUACCCCACACUUCACUGCUACUCUUACUCUCCACCCGGUGGCCUUCUUAGUGAGGAUGCCAUGGAAUACUCCAAAGAGUUUGUUUCAUCUGUGGUAUUAGGAAAAGACCUUGUACCAAGACUCGGCCUUUCGCAACUGGAGGGUUUCCGACGCCACCUUCUGGAAGUCUUACAAAAAAGUAACAAGCCAAAGUGGAGGAUCAUUGCGGGAGGCACCAAAUGUAUCCCGAAAUCAGAGCUUCCACUAGAAGAUGAUGAUCCUCAGUCUCAACCAGCUGCAGCGCCCAGCAAUCGCCUGUGGCUCCACCCCAGUGACCUCAGCAUUGCCCUUUCAGCCUCCACUCCCCUCUAUCCUCCUGGCAGGGUCAUCCACGUGGUGCACAACCAUCCUCCAGAGACAUGCUGUGGCCAGGAGGAGCCAACCUACUCAGCUCUGUGGGGGGACAACAAGGCCUUCGAUGAGGUCAUCAUAUCACCCGCCAUGCUUAAUGAGCACAUGCCACACAUGGUGAUGGAGGGCCUAAACAAGGUGCUGGAGAACUACAACAAAGGUAAAACAGCUCUGCUAUCAGCUGCCAAGAUCAUGGUGAGCCCCACAGAAGUGGACUUGAACCCAGAACACUUGUUCGUGGAAACAUCAACCGCUUCGCAGCAGCCAACGCCUACAACUCACCACCGCAGGAACAGCAGUGUUCGACAAAAACCAUUGUCACGCUCAUGUGCCCAGUCUGAAAUAUCUCUGGAUGGUUUCUCUGAGUGCCCUCCUCCUCCCGUGCCUGUAGUGCUGCGUGGAGCUCGGGAGCGUUUGUCAGUGGAGCUGAGGGACCGAAAAGCACCGUUGGCCGUCAUGGAGAGUCUUUCAGACGCGGAAUCCCUCUAUAGUCUGGAUUCCCGACGUUCUUCAGCCGCACUAAGGGGUUCACCGAUGCUGGGUAGCCUCCCUUUCCCUUUGGAUGCCCCAAUCCCAGAGGAGAACCCAUCUCUCAGCUCUCGCACUGAAUUACUCGCUGCUGACUGCCUCUGCCAGGCAACACCAGAGCACCUGGGGCAGGUUGGGCCCUUCUAUACACCACUGGAAUCCAGAUCCACCUCAGAUUAUCCCAUGCGGCUGUCUCCUUCCACACCUUGCUACAGUGGACACCAUUCCCCAGCACUGCUAAACCAGAGUGUCUUGGUUCAGCCUUUCAGGCCAGAAACUCUUACCAUCACAAAAAUGCUUCCUGAUGGGGAUCCUCAACAGAUACCUGGUGUCUACAGCCCAGGGACCACUCCUAAUGCUCCCCUCAGUCCUCAAAUUGGUUCUAGGCCAAUGGAUAGCGAAAACACAACAGAGAGACAGUUACAUGCAGAAACCAGACCAUCAGCUUCUACUCCUCCACCCCAACUAUCCAAUGGAAACCCCAGCCAGGCAGUGCUGGAGUUUGCACAGUACUUGGACUCUCUAUUCAGACUGGAUGGCAGCAGCUCACCGCCUCUGGAGCUGUCUGAUGAGGAGUCAGAGUCAGGCCGGGGCUCAUUUGAGCAAGGCGAGUGUCUGGGAGAUGGACAGCGGUUGAAUGAUAAGCAAUUUCUGGCCAGAGCAACACUGGAGCCUAACCUAGUCCCCAAGCCCCCACGCACUUUUGCUGGAUCUGCUGAUCCCUCGUCAGGCAUUUCUUUGUCACCCUCCUUCCCUCUCUCAUCCUCUGAGGAGCUCAACGACCUUUCCCCCGGCGAGGGCGCCCCACCAGCCAUGCACUCCCUACGAACAUCUAGCCCUUGUCACUGUCCUGAAGAAAACACACUAUCAUCUAUGGUGUAGUGUGCUCCGAAGACUCAGACGUCUUUUGCUCUAAACUGAGAGGUGCAGUCAUCCAGAAUUUAUAACAUAUCACAGUACGUGCAUGCGACGGAAUGCAGUCACUCAUCAGAUGACGGAACGUGACUGACCGACUCACAAGCUAUUUCCAUUCUUCAGGUGUUCCCUUUGAGCACUGUUUACAGCAUUUUCACACUAUUGCAAUGACUAAGAAAAAAAGAUACCUCUCUCUGCAUGCCAGGGGGCUGUGCUGCUUUUGGGUGGAUAUAAAUAACUGUAGCUUCACAAUGCCGUUCCAAAACAAUGUCGUCUCACUCACAUAGGGAUGGGUCAGCAUUACAUCAAUUCCCUGACUUAACGGAAUCAAAGGGAGAGUAAAUAACUGAGCAGGGUUUCAAAAACAUAUAACACUAUAGAAAAGGUUAGCAUAGGCACAUCAUCUGGAUUGAUGUACUGUACAACUUCCUGCACCCUCAGCAGCUCCAGAAAUUUUGUGCAUCUUUUAUUUUAUUUUUUCAGAUCAGGAAUGUGAAGAUGGACAUAUUUGUCAGUCAAGUGAAUAGACAUUAUGAAAUGUUCCUCAGGUCUAUAAAGAACUGACUUUGAGAAAGAGAGUAAGCGUGUUAUACAAGUGAGAAUUUGUGUUUUAAAAAAAUUGUGAUUGUGGCAAAGUUAUUACAGACACCUAUGAAUGUUUUUGAGUCUUUUGGUUACUCUUUACAGUGCAUGAAGACUUUUUUUUUUGGAAGAGAAAUUGUCACUCAGUUACUUAGAUUUACAUUUGGAUACUCUUCUCACAUCAUAUUGCUCAAUUAAUCACCCUUUGCCAAAAAAAAAUUAAUACAUUGUAUUGCCAAAUGUAUUUAUGAAAUGUAAUUUUGUAUAGGUAUUUUGCUUUAUUUAAACACAAACCAAGUCCAUUAUUUUGCUAGCCAUACCAUUGGUUUUUAUAUAGACUGUUACACAGCAACACCACAGAAAAGAUGUCAUUCUGACCCCAAAUACACUGCCAUGGCUUUCAUUUUUGACAAAACAACCUCUGUACCUUGGGAUUGAAACAAUCAUUUUUAGUAGUUGUCCCAGUCUCAUAACUAGCGUAUCUUUCUCUUUGGAGACCUCUUAGCAACGUGCCCAGGUCAGGGUCUGCAUGCUUUAUGCAUUUCAGAGUAGCAUGGCUGGUAUAUAAAAAGUCUUGGCAUUAAGUCACAGUAAAAAAAAAGACAAAAAAAAA